AAAAAAACUUUAUCAUAUGCUUUUCUCUCUCUCUCAUUUCCUGUUUUUUUCCUUAUUUAUUCUAAUACAGAGUAUGUAAGCUCCAUCCAUACAUCUAGAGAUCAGUGACAGAAACAUGAAAUCUUCCUUUACUCUCUUCGUUCUCUUCUCACUUCUCUUGUUUGCAAACAGUAUCAAUGCUAGAAAAGAUAUUGGCGGAUAUUGGAGAGCUGUCAUGAAAGAUCAAUCCAUGCCAGAAGCAAUACAAGGCCUUGUUCACGCUGACCCAAUCACCGCAUUAUCAACUAUCAAAGAUUCUGAGCCGAAUCCGAGGUUUUGGAUUUACGAUAACGGUGUAGAAUCAACAAGGACACAUUUCUUCGACAAGGAUUUUGAGACGAGGUCUGGUGGAUCUAUUCAUAACGAUGAUGAAGGAAAGAAACACUUUGCUGAACAUUUUGAGCCGAGGCCUGACGUGUUUGUUAAUCAGGAUGAUGCUCUUAAAGCAGAAAAACCUUUUACCGAGGAGUUCGAGCCGGGGCCUAACAUCUCAGUUUAUGAUAACGGUGUUGACAAGAAGCCAUUUGAGAAAGAUUCUGAACCAAAGCCGAGUGCCACAGCUUAUAGCCAGUAAGAUUACAAAUCAAGCCGCGUGCUAGCUAAGCUGCAUAUGCUUGCAGAUUAUCCUCCGUAUGUUUCAUAUGUGUUAUAUCAAUCGUUGUCAUGUAAUAUCUUUCUUUUAAUUAAUUAGCCAGGGCCUCCAUGGUUUGUAGAAAUAAAUGUUGAUCUUUCAAGGGCCUGGCGUGUCUAAUUAGCUUUGUAAUAAGUUUAUCUUGACUGUGACAAUUAUGUUAUAAUAUGUUGAAUGGAAUGUGUGAAAAAAUAUCAUAUAUUCAAUUGAGUUUUGAA